CCAGUCCGAAAGAAACAAGGUCUGUUUCAAAGGCAGAGAAGAGAAAGAAAAGGUAGCGUGUAUUGUAUAGGCCAUGGAGUUGGAGCAAGAUAAGCAAGGAGUAGAACUCCACCUCCUUCCCCGUCCAUCGUCUGAUAAUAAACCCAACGGCAACAGCAACGGCACAAGGCCAAAGCGUUUCAUAAAGAGCCAAAUCCCCGAUUCAAUCCUAAACGACCCCGUUCUCAAUGCCGCCAUAUCCAUUCUCCCCUCCAACUACAACUUCGAGGUCCACAAAUGCGUCUGGCGCGUCCUCUCCACCAAAGCUAAGCGCGUCGCUCUCCAAUUCCCUGAGGGCCUCCUCAUGUACUCUCUCGCCCUAUCCGACAUCUUCACCACCUUCGCCGGUGUCUCUCACUGCUUCAUCCUCGGCGACGUCACCUACGGCGCUUGUUGUGUCGACGACUUCUCCGCCAUCGCACUCGGCGCCGAUCUUCUCAUUCACUACGGUCAUAGCUGCCUUGUACCCAUUGAUUCCACCACCAUCCCUUGCCUUUACGUCUUUGUUGAUAUCAAAAUCAACGUUGACCAUUUCGUUGAUACUGUUAGGCUUAACCUUCAAUCUUGCGCCAAAACCCUAGUACUUGCCGGUACCAUUCAGUUUGCCUCUGCAAUUCGGGCGGCGAAAUCUGAACUCGAAAAUUGUGGGUUUAGGGUUUUGAUCCCGCAGUCCAAGCCGCUCUCGGCCGGUGAGGUUCUCGGGUGCACUGCACCCAAGGUGUUUGAUGAUAGUGGUGAGAGUGUUUUGGUGUUUGUAGCGGAUGGAAGGUUUCACCUUGAGGCGUUCAUGAUUGCAAAUCCGGGGAUUAAGGCCUUCAGGUAUGACCCUUAUAUGGGGAAGUUGUUUCUGGAGGAGUAUGAUCAUGUGGGUAUGAAACAAUCAAGGAAAAAUGCGAUUUUGAAAGCAAGGGAAGCUCGGAAUUGGGGUGUUGUUUUGGGGACUUUGGGUAGGCAAGGGAAUCCGAAGAUUUUGGAGAGAUUGGAAAAGAAAAUGAGGGACAAAGGAUUCAAUUAUACUGUGAUUUUAAUGUCUGAGAUAAGCCCUGGGAGGAUUGCUCUGUUUGAAGACUCUCUUGAUGCUUGGAUUCAGAUUGCUUGUCCUCGAUUAUCAAUUGAUUGGGGUGAUGCUUUUAUGAAACCAGUUCUUACUCCUUUUGAGGCAGAGAUUGUGCUAGGAUUGAUACCUGGUUGGUGGGAGAAAACUAAGGUGCCAAAACAGUGUUGUGAAGAUGGUUUGGGUUGCAAGAAGAGCGGUUCUUGCUGUGAGUGUAGCUGCGGAGAUGCAAAGGGAACGAGAGAUUUUGGUGGUGAUUAUCCGAUGGACUACUAUGCUCAAGAUGGCGGGGAGUGGAAUUCCUCUUAUGUGAAGAAGUCCUCUCGUCCUGCAAGGAAAAUUUCUAUAUCUUCUGUUGCUAAUACUGUCAUUUCCCAAGAUUCUUAAAUUUGCUUUGUUAUAACUCUUUGCUCCAAAAGGGUAGAGGCACGAGUUUAUUGUUUUAUUAUUAGCUUUGAUUUUUUAAGAUGAUUUUUGUUCUCUUGGUACCGCUGUGAAUAUUUGCCAAGGAGAUGUUGAACGCCAUGGCGUAGUUUAUUAAUCUCGAGAUAUGUUAUAACGCGUUUUGGAUAUGUUGCUUUAUUUUCUGUUAUCAGUGGGAUCCUGGAUUGCAGAUUUCAAAGCUAGGGUUGAGAU